GAAAGGCCCAAACUUCCUCCCCGUUCCGAGUUCGGGAGCGCGUCGUGCCCUCCCCCGAGGGCGGGGAGACGGGCGCGGGCGAGGCGGAGCCGGCAAGGGUAGAAGACGCCCAGGUCCGUCCCCUUUUCCGUGGAAUCUGAGCUAGCCUUCGCAGGUUUUGCGUCCCCACUCUAGAACCGAUCACCAUGGCGACUGGACAGAAGUUGAUGAGAGCGAUUCGAGUUUUUGAAUUUGGUGGACCAGAAGUGCUGAAACUCCAGUCGGAUAUUGCAGUACCAAUUCCAAAAGACCAUCAGGUUCUAAUCAAAGUCCAUGCAUGUGGUAUAAACCCAGUGGAAACAUACAUUCGUUCUGGUACUUACAGUAGAAAACCGCUCUUACCCUAUACUCCUGGUUCCGAUGUGGCUGGCAUAGUAGAAGCCGUUGGAGAUAAUGUAUCCACUUUCAAGAAAGGUGACAGGGUUUUCACUACUAGCACCAUCUCAGGGGGCUAUGCCGAGUAUGCUCUCGCAGACGAUCACACCGUUUACACACUACCAGGAAAACUGGACUUGAAGCAAGGAGCUGCCAUUGGUAUUCCCUAUUUUACUGCUUAUCGAGCCCUGCUCCACAGUGCCCGUGUGAAAGCUGGAGAAAGUGUUCUGGUUCAUGGGGCUAGUGGAGGAGUUGGACUAGCAGCAUGCCAAAUUGCCAGAGCUUACGGCUUAAAGGUUUUGGGCACAGCUGGUACUGAGGAAGGGCAAAACAUUGUUUUGCAAAAUGGAGCCCAUGAAGUGUUCAAUCACAGAGAACCUAAUUAUAUUGAAAAAAUUAAGAAAUCUGUUGGUGAAAAAGGAAUUGAUGUGAUCAUUGAAAUGUUAGCUAAUGUAAAUCUUAGCAAUGAUUUGAAUCUUCUGUCAUAUGGAGGACGAGUAAUAGUUGUUGGCAGCAGAGGUCCUAUUGAAAUAAACCCACGGGACACCAUGGCAAAGGAAUCUAGUAUAAUUGGAGUUGCUCUGUAUUCAUCAACUAAGGAGGAGUUUAGGCAGUUUGCAGCGGCCCUUCAAGCUGGAAUGGAAAUUGGUUGGUUGAAACCUGUAAUAGGUUCUCAGUAUUCGCUGGAGAAGGUGGCCCAGGCUCACAAAAAUAUCAUCCAUAACAGUGGAACUAGUGGGAAAAUGAUUCUUCUCUUAGAAUGACUAAUUCUUUCAUGUCUUCCUAAUGUAGUUAGAGGGUUCCUGCCCCAGUGUUACUCACACUACCUUUGCUCUGAUCAGCAUGUGUUGGAUUCAGUGAGUUUCUCAUGUUAAAAAACAAGAUUUAUCUUUAGAGAUGUGGUCAUUGGAGUACAAUUUAUUUUACAGCUCACAAUAUUCUUUACGUCUCCCACCUGCCUUGAUUUAAGAAGUCAUUAUAGUAGGAAGUAGAAUGUCAGUAGUCAUUUGGCAUUGGGUACAUUACAGAAAUGCCUGGUACUUGAUCAUUAAUUCCACACCUUUGACAAAAGCAAGUUAAUUCAAAAUGAGGCUGUGUGGUUUCCAAGCCUGCUUGUUCUUAUGAAGGUUCUUUAGUAUCUGGUUAGCUCAGAACUGUAUCAUACUCUGAAGAUUUUCUGGACUAAAUAAGACCCCUUUUCUAAACUUCUCUCAUCUGGAUCUGCAACUCUCUUGCAAGGGCAAGAUAAUGUCUAGAGAAAUUUGUUUUUUAACAAAUAGUUUUCCAGCAUUUCCCCAAAUGUUAGUACAUCCACUGUGUUGAUGGUUGAUUGCUCAUUGUCCAUAUAUUCUGGGAAGAGGACAGCCUUACUUUUGGUGUAGUAAGAUAGGUAGGUACAUAGUCUCCUGACAGAUAACUUCUUGAUUGAUUUGAUUUUCAAACUAGAUUUAGAAUUAUCUGUGUAAUGGGAGUCAUAUGUUUUUAUUUAAAUUAGUAAAUAAGUUUGACACAUGAAGAAUGAUCUGCUUUUGUCUUCAUUACAUGGUGACCUGCAGUAAAUUCUGUAGAAAAAAUAAAACCUGUGUUUAUCU